AUGUCAACACCUCGAAGUCAUGGCGAUUACCGCAUCGGAUGGAUAUGCGCUCUGCCGCUGGAAAUGGCUGCAGCAAGACUCUUCCUAGACAACAUUCAUCCCAGUCUAUCCCAACCGUCCUAUGAUAAUAACUCAUAUGUGUUGGGAGAAAUCAAUGGCCACAAUGUUGUGGUCGCAUGUCUCCCGGCAGGAAUAUACGGCACGGUAUCUGCGGCUGUUGUUGGGGCUAACAUGAUAUCGACGUACCAGAGGAUCAGAUUCGGACUCCUGGUAGGUAUUGGAGGCGGUGUUCCAUCCCCAUCAUUCGACGUUCGACUAGGCGAUAUCGUUGUCUCAAGGCCCACUGGUACCUCGCCUGGAGUUGUUCAAUAUGACUUUGGCAAAACACUUCAGUCGGGCAAAAUCGAACGCACAGGAUCGCUGAACAAUGCCCAUCCGGCCCUCCUGACAGCUCUUGCGAACCUUGAAGGUUAUCAUCUCACGGCACGCCCGAGAUUCCAUACCCUCCUUCCGGAUACCUUGUCUAGGAUAAGUGGGGAGGAUCACGGCUUGGUAUUUCAGUACCCUGGCCAUGAAAGGGACACGCUGUUCCAUGCGGAUUAUUGUCAUCCAGAUCCCGAGGCCGAUUGUCAGGGGUGCGAUGGAUCUCAGGCUAUCAACCGCCAGAAACGCCCUACGACAAGACCUCGGGUUCACUAUGGGGUCAUCGCUUCGGGCAACCAAGUGAUGAAAGAUGCUUGCAGCCGAGACAAACUGGCAAAGGAUUUGGGGGUCCUCUGCUUCGAAAUGGAAGCUGCUGGGCUUAUGAAUCAUUUCCCUUGUUUGGUCAUCAGGGGAAUUUGUGAUUAUGCCGAUUCACAUAAGAACAACCAAUGGCAAGGAUACGCCGCUAUGGCAGCAGCGGCAUAUAGCAAAGAGUUGCUGUCAAAUAUGCCUUCAGUGUCCGAAAAUUCUUUCAGCCCGACCCAUUUUGAUACAGCUCGUGGUUAG